GGCGGGCGGCCCCUCCGGGCAGCGGGUCGGGUCCCAGCGAGCGCGCCCCGGCCCCGCCGGCGCUGCCCGAGAGCGCCAUGAGCUCGGAGCCGCCCCGCGCCUCGCUGCUCCGCGCCCUGUUUAAGAUGGAGCCGCCGGCGGCUGCCUCCGAAGUGCUGGGGGGAGCCUCGGAGUUCGUGAAAGAUCGGUUGUACUUCGCUACUUUACGAAAUAAACCGAAAAGUACCGUAAAUACCCACUACUUCUGUACGGAUGAGGAACUGGUCUAUGAAAAUUUCUAUGGAGAUUUUGGACCUUUAAAUUUGGCAAUGUUAUACAGAUACUGCUGUAAACUAAAUAAGAAACUAAAGUAUUUCAGUCUAUCAAGAAAGAAGAUAGUGUACUACACCAGUUUUGACCAGCGGAAACGAGCAAAUGCAGCAUUUUUAAUAGGUGCAUAUGCUGUAAUAUACUUGAAGAAAACACCAGAAGAGGCUUACAGGACACUUCUGUCUGGAUCUAAUCCACCAUAUCUUCCAUUUAGGGAUGCUUCAUUUGGAAACUGCACGUACAAUCUUACCAUCUUGGACUGUUUACAGGGAGUAAAUAAGGCUUUGCAGCAUGGAUUUUUUGACUUUAAGACAUUUGAUGUGGAGGAAUAUGAACACUAUGAGCGAGUGGAAAAUGGUGACUUCAACUGGAUUAUUCCGGGAAAAUUUUUGGCUUUUAGUGGACCACACCCAAAAAGCAAACUUGAAAAUGGUUAUCCCCUUCAUGCACCUGAAGCCUACUUUCCCUAUUUCAAGAAACAUAACGUCACAUCAAUCAUAAGACUAAACAAAAAAAUUUAUGAGGCAAAACGCUUUACUGAUGCUGGUUUCGAGCAUUAUGACCUGUUCUUCAUAGAUGGAAGCACACCAAGUGACAGUAUAGUUCAGAGGUUCCUGACCAUCUGUGAAAAUGCUGACGGUGCCAUUGCUGUACAUUGUAAAGCUGGCCUGGGGAGAACAGGAACGCUGAUUGCCUGUUACAUCAUGAAACACUACAAGUUCACACAUGCUGAAGCCAUUGCUUGGAUAAGAAUAUGUCGACCAGGCUCUAUUAUAGGACCCCAGCAACACUUCUUGGAAGAGAAGCAAGCAAUGUUAUGGCUGGAGGGAGAUCACAUCCGAUCAAAGCAGAAACAGCGAGUAGUUGAUGAAAACAUUAACAGAGUCCUUUGUGGCUUGAAUGACAUUUCCAUCAGUGACAGCCUAAAUAAAGUACAAGACUUGGAUCAAUACAGGGAGAAUGAUUUUGAAGACAAAGCAGAUGUGGAAACUCAGAAUGGCAUGACACAGGGAGAUAAGCUCAAUGCCUUAAAAAGUCGGAGACGGCCUUGUUCUGCUACAACUGGAGCUCUGAGGCUGCAAGACAUGAAACUGCACACCAGGUCUAUAUCACAACCCUUCAGACUGAAUACUUCAGGUGGCACAGAAGGAUCCAUGUCUCCUCUGAAGGCCUCCAAAGUGAUGGCAGUUAACUCACCAUCUGCAGAAAGAAUAAGCAGACUUGCCACAUCCUCAGGAUCUAACCUCAAAAGCGUUUCCAUAAACUCCAGACUAGCCAGUUCUCUAGGGAACCUGUAUGCUGCUUCAGAUGAUGAUGAGAGCAAAAUGACAUCAUCGUGCUCUAGGACAGGUUUUUCUGUAAGCCAUAUCUCCAGUCACCUGAAUGGCAGCUUGCAGCUGCCACACAGAAAUACCCGUGAGCUGAACAACAACUUGUACAACAGAAGCAGCAGUAGUGGCAACAACCUGAGCAGCCAAAGCAGUUUGCACAGCGCCGUGACAGAUGGGUACGCCCAGCCUUCCUUUAUGGGCCUUACAGCUCCUCCAGCACCAUACCACAGUCAAUUAAUUCCUAAGUGGAGGACCUACCCCCAUGUUAACAGCUAGGAUGUGGCACCUCUUACAGUUCAGAAGCUGCAUGUUUAUAGCUCGGGUCCCUUCAGUCUGAGUAUGUUCAGUACUAAAGCCUUGCUGCUUUGGUGAAACCUGCUGAGCUCUUCAAAUUGAUGUUCUUUAUGAAGGAGAAGAACUGAAAAAAAGCUGCUCAUUAAGAGGAGGAAUCUUCAAUACGAGAUGUAUUAACACCAAGAGAAGACCUCUUAACAGGAGAAAUUUCUUGUUAAUGACUACUGCAGAUGCAUUUAUGUUGAAUUUAUGGAAAUUACUACCCCAUGUUAUAUACACAUUUAAAUUUUUUAUGUUGAGACAGCUUGAAUAUAUUUCUAAUGAGUUUCAUUAAGACAUUUAUUAACUUGUGUACAGUGUUAAAAUAUGUAUUAAGAGAAUAUUUUGGUAAACUAUAAAAAUUAUGUAAAAAUUAGAAUAUAUUUUAAUUUAGUGUCUACUUUGCUACAAAAAAUGUGUAUUUUAAAGAAUUUGUACAUGCUUAUCAAAGAUAUAAAAAUUUUUUAUGAACAAGAUGUUUUUCUUGUUUAAUGGGUCCAUCAUUAUUGCUUGAAGCCUCAUGUAAUUACUCUUUUACUAAUUGGUCUUCUGGUAACUUGAUGGAAGUCCUAACUAAUGAGAGACUAGUUGUUACAAUAUCUAAAAGCACUUGAUACAUAGUCUGCUCUCCACUUUCAGCUCCUAAUGUUUCUUAAGGAAACACUAUGAAAGAAAACUAAAGGGAAAAUAUUUGUUGAGAUAUGAUGUAGUUACAUCUUUCACUGCAAAGAGAAAGUAAUUUAUUUGAUGAUUCAAUUGUACAACUAAGACUUUCAGUUUGUCUUAAAGGAAUGUUUUGGUUUUGAUGUAGAAUGUUAAAUUUUGCUAUGCAAUAUAUACUGCAAAAAUGAAGGCAGACCAAACUGAAGUUGGUAAGAAUGUACAUAUACAAUGAAUUCAGCAGCACUGCAUACUUGCAUGUUUUGAACCUACAUUUGGCAGUAUGUGUACAAUUUCCUUAGCAACACACACUAAAUGUUGGAAGUAUAUUAAAUUUUCAUUUCUCAGUUGGAUGCUUCAUACACCUUUAAUUUUUUUGUUAAAUAUAUAGUUUAGGUAACCUCCUGUAUCAUGGAAUAUUUUUGCCAGUAAUAAAGAUGCUCUGUAACAUAUAGUUAAAUCAGAUGUUAUUACGAAUGAGACUUAGAAUUAAAUGGUGUUACAGUGAGGUCCUAGAGACCAGGUGUAAAAUUUUCAGAACUCUACGAGGACAUAGUAAGGAAAGUAAUGGGAUUAUUUGAUUUGCUGCUAAUCUGUAAGACAAAACCAAAACAGAUUUGUUACCUAUUAGUUUUCCCAGUAUUUACAGAAACUUGAAAGUAAAACUUGGUUGAAUUGUCAGGUUUUUUCCUGAAGACCUGUGAAUGCCCUGCAUUUGCUUUACAAAGUGCUACAACAUUUUUUAAAAAGAUCAGAUCAUAAAUUGCUAUAGCAAGUUGUACUGAAAGUGUUAAUAAGGAAAACUGAGAGCAGCUAAAAAAAUGAUUGAAUAAAAUUUGCUGUACUUUUUUUGCAACUGUGUAUAUGUAACAUAUACACACACGAAGUAGCAUAUGUGUGUGCAUAUAUAUAUAUAAAAUAUACUGUAUAUGAAUUAUAGAAUAAUGGUAAGGUAAUUCUACCUCUUAUAAAGAAUUUUCUCAUGUACUUUGUUAUAAAUAGUUUUCCUUAAUAAAAUAUUAAUUUUGAAAUGUAGAUAUAUAUACAUAUACAGCUAAUUGAUAAUAAAAUACCUAUAUAAGCCA